UUUCAUGAAACCAACUGUUUAAUUUCUCCUUAUAAAUAGAGAGAAAAGCUUCAUACACUCUUGGGUUACGAUAAAGAGAAGUACAUUAAUGGAGAGAGAAGACGACUACACGGCGUCGUUUUGUCCUAGCUUUAGCAGUUACGCUAACGAUGGAAUCGUCGAAACCGCCGAGCGAGUUCGACUUGAAUGUUCCGGUGAAUACAACAACAACGACUUCGACGGCUUCGAAUUCGUGAAUAUACAAUCGGAUUUUGAGGCGGAGACGUCUUUCCCCGGCGACUGCGAUCUCGUGUUUCCGGUUUUCAAUCAGGCUAUAAUCUCCAAACCCUCCGCCGUGAAAUCCGACGAAUCUUCGCGCCCGGCGGUUACGACUCGGCUGAGGGAUCUGUUCCUCCGCGAUCGCGAAGAUUCUUCAUCGUCGUCGUCCGACGAAGAGAAGGAGCUGGACGGAGUUUCGAGUGAGAUCUACUGUCCAUGGACGCCGGAGAAAUCAUCGAACGGCGGUUGGAGAAAGAGCAAAUCGACGGGAUCAUCAUCAUCAUCGUCUACGUCGAAGCGGUGGAGGAUUAGGGACCUGUUGAAGAGAAGUUACAGCGAAGGCAAGCAGUCGCUUAGUUUCCUGAAUUCGAAUUCGAGAAACAGAGUCGACGAAGCGUCGAAGAAGGAGAAGGAAGAGAAGGUUUCUUCGGCACAUGAGAAGUUUUAUCUGAAGAAGAAAGCGAAGAAGGAAGAAGAGAAGAGAAAAUCGUAUCUACCAUAUAAGCAAUUUGGGCUCUUCUUCUUCAACGUUCAUCAUCGCUGAGGACAGGACACCACUCUUCCUUCCUGAUUUUCUUUUACCGCAAUAUCAUCAAAUCUCGAGAAGGCUUUUCAUUUUAUGUUUCGGGCCACAACGGUCCCGCCCAUUAGCUGAUAACGAAAGUUAAUUGGACUUUUCACAGAACAAAAAUAAAUUAAAAAAAUCAUGUGUUUUUUC